AUGACUCUUUUUGGAAGGACCAUCGCCGUCUUGUCGGGCCUAGUAUUAACAUUCGGGGUCGCGCACGGGUUUGUGGCAGAUCUGUCACUUCUGGCCUUUUCCGGCACACCGGUUGGUCAAGUAUUCAACCUCAACGGCCGUAAGCUCGCCGAUAGCUUCGCCCGCGCCGGUUACAUGACGGUCGCUCCUGAUCUUUUUAACGGGAAGCCAAGAUCGGAGGAUCCAAAAUCCGGCUUCAAUGCAACUGAGUUCUUCGGCUCUCACGGACCAAGUGUCACCGACCCGAUCGUCUCCGCUAGUCUCUCCUACAUGCGGGAGCAGUUAGGCGUAAACAAAGUUGCCUCGGUGGGAUAUUGUUUCGGUGGUCGGUACGCCUUUCGCGCUUUGGGGCUUCCGAAGGACAAAGCUGUCAACGUGGCGUUCGCAGCUCAUCCAACGCUACUUGGUGAUGACGAAAUCAAGGCCAUAACGGGCCCUGCUAGCUUGGCAAUAGCUGAAAAGGACACCGGCAUGUUGAUUAAGCGGAGGGUCGAGAUAGAGGCUGCUAUGGCCAGUACUGGCCAGCCUUUCACCAUGAACCUGUACGGCGGUGUUCCUCACGGGUUUGCAGUCCGUCCUAACCUCGAUGUUCCUGUUGAAAAGGCUGGCAAAGAAGAUGCAUUUUUACAAGCUGCAAGCGAACAUACCGGAAACCGCUCGUUAGAGAUCAGUGCCAACGAUGAUGAUGCCGAUAUCCGCUCCCGCUACCGUCCGUUUCUACUACCCUCAGAACUGAAAGCAGACGAUUGGGUGUCGACACUUGAGCUAAGAACGGCAAUUAAGAUGGUUGACGACGAAAUCCUUCAACAAGGCAAGCCUCGAUUACGGAUUCUCGUCUUGACGGGCAGCCUCCGUCAACGCUCCUACAGCCGGCUAUUGGCAUUUGAGGGUGCUCGCAUCUUACAUCGGCUGGGCUGUGAUGUCCGCGUGUACGAUCCCGCGGGCCUGCCGCUCAAAGACGACGUCAGCCACGAUCAUCCCAAGGUACAAGAGCUGCGGGAGCUGAGCCGCUGGAGCGAUGGCCAUUUUUGGGUCAGCCCUGAGCAGCACGGUGUCCUUACAGGCAUCUUCAAGAUGCAGAUCGACUGGAUCCCGCUGGCUACCGGGUCGAUUCGCCCCACGCAGGGACGUACGCUCGCAGUAGCCCAGGUAUCGGGCGGCUCACAGAGCUUUAACGCAGUCAACGCUCUGAGGAUCUUGGGGCGCUGGAUGCGCAUGUUUGUGAUACCGAACCAAAGUUCCGUGCCAAUGGCAUACAAACAAUUUACGCCAGAAACCGAGGGUAGUCGAAUGAUGCCCAGCUCCAACAGAGAUAGGCUGGUGGACUGCAUGGAGGAACUAGUCAAAUACACAAUCGUUAUGCGACCACACUUUGACUUGUUCGGAGAUCGGUUUAGCGAACGCGAGGAAAAGAGAGCAAAGAUAUUGGCCGCGGCUCCACUGGAGUGA